AUGGCUGCUCUCCCGCCCGAGAUUUGGAGCCAUAUAGUCCGUUACACGGUUAUGCCGGACUGGAUCAAUCUAAGUCGCGUGUCCAAAGAUCUUCAACGUAUGGCUGAAAAGAGGAUAUACUUCAGCCUAUAUGUGCGCGAUCCGCAGAUCGCAUCUGCCAUCUCUCAUGCUCUCACCGUUCGCCGCGCCUUCCGUGGCAAAUACGUGCGCCGUUUCUGGUUCUGGAUGGACUCCCGAUUGGCAAAUCGAACCAUGGAGCUAGAGAUGUCAGAAGCAUUUUGGGAGGAAAUGCAACGCGCAUUCGCCGCUAUGGUAAACCUGGAGGUGCUCUCCUUGCACGAUCCAGAUGCAUCGAAUUCCUGGGUGCUAGACACGCCCAACAUCAAGUUCCAGCUGAUCGAACUAUAUGUCGGUUUCGCGUGGGACGCGCACUUUGUCCAGUUCUUGCAGACGCAGUCGCGUCUGCGGAUGCUGCAGGCCGACGAGACAGUCGAGGAUGGGCCGCUCCAUUCUCUGGCGCCGGGAUCGCUCUCUUCGCUGUCCAUGUUCACCGGGCCUGCGCUCAUACUUUCCGAGCUCCUCGAUGCCCCGCUCACGCAUGUACAAAUAAUGCUCGAGGAGGAGACGUUGGCUGUCCUGCCCGGUGUCAUCUACGACCUCGGGAGGGCAAAGACUAAGCUUCGGAGCAUCAACGUUUUGCAUGCCCCCGAGGCGUUGAUGAUGGAGGUCGUUCAGCUUCUGUCCAAGUCCAACUUGGCGCAGACACUAAGAUACCUUGGUAUCGUCCCACUACCGGUGCUUGAUCGGUUCGCUUUGCACCGUGCUCUGAUGCAAUUCACCCAGCUGGAAGUGCUCGACGUGAACAUCUCGUCGUGGAUACCUCAGCCGUUCAAUGCAUACCAGCGCGUCAUCGCUGCUGAACUGCUCAUUUGGUGCCCUUCCCUCCACCGCAUUGGGUUCUGGAUCGGCCCAACCCACUAUCUAUGGUCAUACAGGGGUGGCGAAUGGGCGAACCCAAGGCACGUCACUCGUGCUGAUGAGAGUGAUCUUAUGUGGCGCUUCGUAUGA